AUGAAUUGGUACUCAAUCUUUUGGAAAUAUUGGAGCUGGGUUGCCUUUCUUCCAAUGCUUGCCUGCUGUCUUUAUCGAAUGUUCACACAAAAAGACCUAAGAAAUCUUAAAAAGCAGCCUGAUAGAGAAUUUUACGUUGACUGAGCAUUUGAGUUUCUUUUAUCACCUGGACUCUUCUAUUACACAAUUGAUUCACUAUAUAUAAUACUCCAAUAUGAAAAUUACAGCUGGUGCAAUCUUGGGUACCUUUCACAUCAUGUACUUACAUUGGCAGGUGCAAGAGCAACUUUAACUGUUCCAUACUAUCCAUGGACACUGAUAGCACCAUUUGUAAUUCAUUGCAUGCUGAUCAUGUUUCCUUAUAUUUCAAUACUCAAUUAUAUAUACUUAGGAAUAAUUUUCAAUAACUUUAGGAUAUUGCUGUCAGACCCCUGGCGUAACUUCGCUCAAUAUCGAUGGGUACUUUACAUUGGAAUUAGCCUUGUCCUUAUUCCAUUUCCAAUUUUAUGGCUAAAUUCAUGCAAGAACGAUAUGCAAAACGUUAAUUAG